UGUCUUGUGUCGGCAAUAGAACAGUCACCAUGCUCUAUUACCAACCAAACUUGCGUUUGCACAAAUGCGCCUCUGCAGGCGGACGUAACAGUGUGCGUUACGCAGAACUGUACGGUCAAAGAAUCCUUGGUCACCAAGAACGCAACGAAUACAGCAUGCGGUGUGCCGAUACGAGACAGGUCCCAGACCUACAAUAUCACCUCCAUCACACUAGGUGUCAUAUCAGGCUUCCUCAUCCUCCUGCGCCUGGGCUUCAAGCUUUUGGUUACAACAACUGGCCUGACACUGGAUGACUGGUUCAUCCUUCUUACUAUCCUCAGCGGGGUGCCCAGCUCGGUGAUAGUCAGUUAUGGCACGGUGCCAAAUGGCCUGGGACGGGACGUCUGGACUCUAACACCGACAAAGAUUACUAAUUUUGGACUUUUCUUCCAUACCAUGGCCGUUCUAUACUUCGCACAGGUCAUGCUGCUCAAGUUGUCACUGCUAUUCUUCUAUCUUCGCAUCUUUCCUGAGAGGAAGGUUCGUCACUUGCUUUUGGGCACUGCCGCCUUCAACACCCUCGUUGGAAUCGUGUUCAUCUUCCUCGCCAUCUUCCAAUGCCAUCCGAUCAGCUACUUUUGGACAAAAUGGGACGGCGAGCAUACUGGUACCUGUAUGGACAUCAAUGCAAUAGGUUGGGCCAAUGCAAUUAUCAGCAUUGCCUUGGAUCUAUGUAUGCUAGCGAUCCCGAUGUGGCAAGUCAAGAACCUCCAUUUGAACUGGAAGAAGAAGAUCGGUGUCGGCAUCAUGUUCGCAACUGGAGCCUUCGUUACGGUUGUGAGCGUUAUCCGUUUGAGCUCUCUGGUCACGUUUGCCAAGUCAGACAACCCGACCUGGGACAAUUACGAUGUCUCGAUUUGGUCGAGCGUCGAAAUUAACGUUGGCAUCAUCUGUGCUUGUAUGCCGACCCUACGUCUCCUCCUUGUCCGUGUCUUCCCCGUCUUCGGGUCGACAAGAUCUGGAGGGGCAUACUACAACUAUAGUGGAAACGGCAGUAAAAGCAACCCCAAAUCCAAGAUGCGCAGUACCAGUCGGGUGGUCGGCGAUUCCAGCGUGGUUACAGCCGACGGUAGGGGAGCUCUGUAUAAAAAUGAGCACGCAGAUCACUUCCGCGAAGCCGAUUCAAGCCAAGUCGAACUGAGAGAUGUUAGCUUCAGGCCUCAGACAACGUCAGAUAAUGUUAGCAAAGCAUCGACUUGA